AAUGAAUAAGAAGGUGGGCGUGAUCUUACCGGAUGUGGUCCUUGCGAUCUCAGUCCCUCCUACACCUGCGUUAACCAUCUGCUACCAAAACAAAUCGCCUGUUGCCAUUAACAGCCUUAAGCGACGUUAUUUGGGCGGUGAUCUAGUGUCGUUAACAGCGUGGACCAGAGUCGUCUGGUGUCGGCUGGUUCUCGCUUUGCUGCUGUAGGGGUUUGUUUGCGACGCUAGGUGGCUAGCUGAAGCUGACAAGCUAUGGCGGAGGUCCCAGGUACUUCGAGUGAGACGAUAACAGAGACGGUGCAGGCAGACACACCGCCGCCUCCUCAGCAGGAGGGACGGAGCCUGACUAUCAAGCUAAGGAAAAGGAAGACCGAGAAAAAGGUGGAGUGGUCCAGUGACACCGUCGACAAUGAACAUCUUGGCAGGAGGUCCUCCAAGUGUUGCUGUGUAUAUGAAAAGCCACGCCAAUUUGGACAGUCUUCUUCAGAAAGUGAGGGAGAAGAUGAUGAAGGCUGUGGUAGUGCACACUGUAUUAUGGGACAUGGAAGGAAUAGGCAUGGACAGAGUGGCGGUGGUGACUCCACAGCGCCUCCUAGUUCUGGAGGACCUAACACCCAUUAGUAGUCUCCUUGUAAGACUGCAUAUGAAAGAGAUAAGGCUUCUGAUAAUGAUAAUACAAACAGAUCUAGUUAUUACCACUCACAUUUUGUCACUCUAAUGGUAGAAAUGAGAAUAAAGGAGUAUAAGAAACCAAAAUAGAACCAGAAUAAUGCAGUACCUGAAAAAGAUGGGGAGCAUUUUUUCUUUA